CUCCAGCACGACCGGCCUCGCUCGCUCGCUCGCUCGCUCCGCGUCGGGCCGACCUUCUGAGGCGACUCCGCCGCCAGGCCCCGCCGCUCUGCGAGAGCCGCCCCGGCCGCCGCCAUGGACUCCGACGCGACGGGCGGCGCCAGCGACAAGAAAAGGAUUAGUUCAGAACGCAGAAAGGAGAAGUCCAGAGACGCAGCCAGAUGUCGGAGGAGCAAGGAAUCGCAGGUCUUCUACGAACUCGCUCACCAGUUGCCCCUCCCCCAUCACGUGAGUGCGCAUCUCGACAAAGCCUCUAUUAUGAGGCUAACCAUCAGCUACCUGCGCAUGAGGAAGCUGCUCGAUGCAGAUGACCUGGAGGCAGAAGCCGAAAUGGAGACGCAGCUGAAUUGCUUCUACCUAAAAGCUCUCGACGGGUUUGUCAUGGUGCUCUCCGAGGACGGCGACAUGGUCUAUAUGUCUGAAAACGUGAACAAGUGUAUGGGACUCACGCAGUUUGAGCUGACCGGACACAGUGUGUUUGAUUUCACUCAUCCAUGCGACCAUGAAGAGCUGAGAGAAAUGCUCACCCACCGGAACGGCCCCGUGAAAAAGGGAAAGGAGCAGAACACCGAGCGUAGCUUUUUCCUCCGCAUGAAGUGUACGUUGACCAGCAGAGGACGGACAGUGAACAUCAAGUCUGCCACAUGGAAGGUACUUCAUUGCACAGGGCACAUCCGCAUCUACGACAGCUGCAGCAGCCAGACCGUCUGUGGGUACCAAGAACCUCCCAUGACAUGCUUGGUGUUGAUCUGCGAACCUAUCCCUCACCCGUCGAACAUCGAAGUCCCCCUGGACAGCAAGACAUUCCUCAGCCGCCACAGCCUCGACAUGAAGUUUUCGUACUGCGACGAAAGGAUUACAGAGCUGAUGGGCUACGAUCCCGAAGAGCUCCUGGGCCGCUCCGUCUACGAAUACUACCACGCCCUGGACUCCGACCAUUUGACCAAAACGCAUCAUGACAUGUUCGCCAAAGGGCAAGUGACCACCGGGCAGUACAGAAUGCUCGCUAAGGAAGGGGGCUACGUCUGGGUGGAGACGCAGGCGACGGUUAUAUACAACACUAAGAAUUCCCAGCCGCAGUGUAUCGUGUGCGUGAACUACGUCUUGAGUGGCAUCGUCGAGAAGGACUUGAUAUUCUCGCUCCAGCAAACGGAGUGUAUGUUGAAACCGGUGGAUUCUCCGGAGCUGAAGGAGACCAAACUGCUGGGCAAGGAUACCCUGGAAGACAGCAACAGCCUCUUUGAGAAACUGAAGAAGGAGCCAGACGCAUUAACCUUGCUUGCUCCUGCCGCGGGGGACACCAUUAUUGCGCUAGAUUUCGGCACUGACGACUCUGAUGAGCAGCCGCCUGACGAUGUUCCUUUGUAUAAUGAUGUAAUGCUCCCCUCAUCCAGUGAGAAAUUGCAGUGCAUACAUUUGGCCAUGUCCCCCCCGCCCGCUUCAGACACCACCAAGCCGCUGCGGAGCAAUGUGGAUCCGGCGCUCAAUCGGGAGGUGGUGUCCAAGCUGGAGCCUAGCGUGGAGCCCCUGGAUCUGACCUUCUCAGCCUGCCGGAAGCAAGAGCAGCCGGCCACCCCUUCCGACGGCAGCACCAGCCAAAGCUCGCCUGAGCCCAGCAGCCCCGGCGACUACUGCUUCGACGUGGACAACGAAAUGGCCAGUGAGUUCAAGCUGGAGCUGGUGGAGAAACUCUUCGCCAUCGACCCAGACCUGAAGAACCCGUUCUCCAUGCAGCUCUGUGUUUCCAAGAGGACCUCCACAAACUGGGAAACGGAUUUAGAUUUGGAGAUGUUAGCGCCCUACAUCCCCAUGGACGACGACUUCCAGUUACGUUCCUUCGACCAGCUUUCUCCGCUGGAGAGCAGUACGGCGAGCACGCCUCCCAACGUGGCCGUCAUGUUCCAGCCGGCUCCGCUGCCGUCCGCUGCCACGGAUGAGAUAAAGCCCUUGUCCACCAAACUUAUGGAUGACUCUAAGAUGCUCCUAGAGCCCAUUCAAGUCACCAUAGAAAACACCAGCCCCCCAGCCUCGCCGUAUGUGGAGAGUCCGAGCCGGACAGCGUCGCCGGUCAGAACGGGAAAAGGCCUGGUGGAGCAGAAAGGGAAAUCGAGUCCGGGGACACCCAAUUUGUUAACAGUCACGUUGGGCAAAAGUAAAUCAACUGCAACGAACGAAGACCUCAAUCCAAAGAUCAUAGCUCUGCAUAACAUUCAGAGGAAACGGAAGAUGGAGCAGGACGGUUUGCUUUUCCAAGCAGUGGGAAUUGGUGCUUUGCUGGCGCAGUCGGGUAGUCCCGGAGCAAACGUGUCACUAGCCUGGAAACGUGUUAAAGGGUGCAAGUGUAACGGGCAGAAUGAGGUGGCGGAGAAGACGGUCAUUUUGCUGCCGUCAGAUAUAGCCAGCAAGCUCCUAGGACAGUCGAUGGACGAGAAGGGGCUCCCGCAGCUGACGAGCUACGACUGUGAAGUGAACGCUCCCAUCCAAGGCAACCGAAACCUGCUGCAGGGUGAAGAGCUGCUGAAAGCCCUGGAUCAAGUCAACUGAGCUUCCCCCUCUCCCCCCGCACUGUUGUCGUUCCGUUUUAUUGGACACUGGUGAUUCAUCACCUAAAAAAAUAAGCAGUCUAUUUAUAUUUUCUAUAUCAGAUCUUAGAAGCCUGGCUACAAAAUACUGCACUAAUUCAGUUAGUUGGGUUUGGAUCCCCUUUCUACUUUUGGAGUCUUUCUCUUCUUUUUUUAAGAAUGCAUUCGUUACGAAAAACAGCAGUGAACUCCGCAAACUGCGUUUUCGUAAUUGAACCUUUGGUAGCCGAAACGUUGGAAAUCUGGGACAUUUUUUAAGAGCACGCUGGCAAUUUUGCAGCUUUUUAAGUAGGCGCCUUUUUAAUUAUUAUUUAUUUUUUUAAUUUUUGACCGGGAGUUUGUUACUGAAAAGAUGUUUCAUUGGUGAAACAGGCUCAGCCUUUUUAAACGUUGUGAGGUCCGUAAGUGAGCCGAGAAACAAGUUUGCAAUUUGUAGCUCUACGACGUCCAGAUAAAUUUUUACUUCUUUUAACUUUUUUUAAAGAAGGAGUCGGAAAAAAUUUACUAAACGUUGCUUUGCUGCAGUGCAUUUGUAGCCACAAUCGCACAAUAUAUUUUCUUAAGAAAAUAAAAAAAAAUUAAAAGAACCAGCAAGUUCCUCAUGCAAUAUAUUCUGCGUUUAUAAAGCUAGUUUUUAAAGGAGGACAAUCUUUUGGAUUUUUCUUUUCUUCCUUUCUGUUCCAUCUCGUUCUGUUUUAUUGCCUGUGAAAUCACGUCGAAAUUUUUUGGAGUAACGCUGUCGUUUUAGCCACGUCGUAAUACAGAAGAGUUUCUUAAAUGUUGUGUUUAAUGUCAGAGUGUGGUCGGGAGGAAAAGAAAAGAACGCCCCGAUCUCAAGAAGUUAGCAAUGUUUGGGGAUUUUUAGUUCAUAGAUUUUUUUAUUAUUAUUAAAAAAGAUGUCUCGACGCGUUUAUAUGUGGUGUGGAGAAAGAGAUUAUAAUACUAGAAUUCGGGCUCAGCUAUUGAAAUCAGUUGUGAGUAGGUUCAGGGGAGGCGAAAGAAAUGACUUCUUUACACAAGGCAUUAAUUAAUUGCUACCGGUAACGGUUUAGACAUGCUCACGGCUGCCUGUAGCAAUUGGCCACGAUAGCUAAUAAAUGCCUCCAUUUUCAGAGGCAGUCUACUUUGCUGGGGGACAGAAUAACAGGGGAAGGAUUUCCCCUUCACGUCCUGCUCACAGGUUUCGUUGACGCACCAGGUUGGCCAUUGUGAGAACCAGGAUGCUGGAUCAGAUGGGCCUUGGGUCUAUUCCAGCAGGGGUCCUCGCCCCCUUUAACGAAAAGAAAAAUGUUGUUUUUUAAAAAGUGUUUUCGAAGUAGCCCACGUCACCCGUGCAAAGACAGAAACAAAAAUCUCUCUCCUCCCCUGCCUAUAGCUGUAAAAGUUCAUGCUGAUUAUCGUGUACCCGAGAACCGAAUCUUUAAAUGUUUCCAGUUUACCUUGCCUGGGUAGAGGUGAUAUUUCAAGCGAAUCGUAAAAGCAUCCUUUUCUCUCUCUCGCUAGCAGAGUUUCCUAGUCCAACAUUGAGUUGCUCAGUGAUAUAUAAUGUUUUUGGGUUUUAUGCACCUUGUUGCUAUUAAUAUCUGUAUAUUUUAUUUUAUUUUAUUGUUAACCAUAGAUUUAAGUAAUGCUGAAUAUAUUUUAGGAACCUUUUUUUUAAAAAAAAGAUAGGGAAUAUGUCACAGAACAUCUUAUUUUCCUUCAUUGUGCUGGACAAUAUUCCCUCCCCCCCCCCCACAUUCUCUCCUCCUUUUUUGUGGUUGGAUCUAACCCUAACUGUAUUGUUUUAUUACAUCAAUAAACUAUAUGUGGACCAGGCCCGCACACACGGUGUUGUUGUAUCUGCCGGUAAUUGUGCUUCCAGGUGCCUUUUGAUUGUAACCUAGAGCCCCACAAGAUU